AUGGAUACUCCUAGUGAUAUAUCGGACCCAACCCAAUGGCUGGAGACGCCACUAUCGCUACUUGCGCCGCUCGAGUCGGCCCUCCGAUGUCAAGUGUGCAAAGAGUUCUUCAACAACCCGGUCAUUACCUCUUGCUGCCAUACAUUCUGCUCAAUAUGCAUCCGCCGGUGUCUGAGUGCUGAAGGCAAGUGUCCAGCCUGUCGAGCUCCAGACCAAGAGCUCAAACUACGUCGCAACUGGGCGGUCCAAGAACUAGUCGACGCGUUCCAAACCGCACGACCGAGCGUGCUCGACUUUUCGACAAAAGCCGCGCAACAAGCCCAAGUGGAGGAGCGAGAGCAGCCUGUUAACAAGAAACGGAAAGUCGCACCGGUCGAGGAUAUGCAGACAUCCGAGCCCAGACCUGAACGACGGCGCACGCGCUCCCAAGGGCACUAUCCCCAACCGGAACAGCAUGCUGCCAUUGACACUGUGCCAGAAGUUAUUGAGGAUAGCCAAGACGAAGAUGAAUAUAUACCCGAGCAUGGAUUGGUUGCUUGCCCAAUCUGUAACCGCAAAAUGAAGGAGGAGGCAGUGUUCUCCCACCUCAACGUACAUGAAGAGUCGCCCAAGAAGGCACCACCGAAUUCGUCGUUUGGGCCAUUACGAGCCCCCCAAAAAGGCCUGGUCCUCUCCGGCAAACCACCAGAGCGAAUCCCCGCCAUCAACUACUCCAUAUUGAAGGAAAACGCACUGCGGAAGAAGCUUUCAGACUUGGGAAUUCCGAACUGGGGUCCCAAACAGCUUUUGCACAAACGCCAUACCGAAUGGAUGAACCUAUGGAAUGCGAACUGCGACUCCAAAAUCCCCAAGUCGAAGCGAGAACUGCUCCAGGAGUUGGAUAUCUGGGAACGCACCCAGGGAGGACUUGCGACAGGACCCUCGCCCUUUGUCUCAUCUAGCAAUGUUAUGCGUAAAGAUUUCGACGCAAAAGAAUGGUCAUCCAGUCAUGACGAUGACUUCAAGCGCCUGAUUGCCAAUGCGCGCAAGAAGGCCGGAGCCAAGAUUGCGCCGGCCACUGAAACAGCACCAACGCCACCCGAACCCUUGGUGAAUAGCAGUCUAGCCGAGCCCAAUAUCGACACCGACGCCGACCAUGUUAUUGACUUAUCUGGGUGA